AUGUCCGCGGGGAAUGGCUUGAACAAGGAGUGGAUGUUCUACACUUCCACUGAGCGCCAGAUGUGCGUCUUGCAGGCUGCAAAAAUCAAUAAGCAGCGGAGAGCACUCCGCGAAGCACUCCAAGCUCAACGUAGCCUGGACGUGGAAUGA